UUCAUGUUGUUCCCCUUUGAUUGCAGCAGCGUGGGGAGGCUGACAGUGUGAUCAGUGACAUAGUAAUAUCAGAAGAAUUGCGACUUCUCUUUGCCAGGAUGGACUCUUCCCUGACUGCUUCUCAGAUCCGUGAGAAGUUCAUCAACUUCUUCCGUCGCCAUGAGCACCAGUACGUCCACUCGUCUGCCACCAUCCCUCUGGAUGACCCCACUCUGCUGUUUGCCAACGCCGGCAUGAACCAGUUCAAGCCCAUCUUCCUGAACACCAUAGACCCCUCCCACCCUAUGGCUCGGCUGCGUCGGGCAGCAAACACUCAGAAAUGCAUCCGCGCCGGGGGCAAGCACAACGACCUGGACGACGUAGGGAAGGACGUCUACCACCACACCUUCUUUGAGAUGCUGGGUUCCUGGUCCUUUGGGGACUAUUUCAAGAAACUGGCCUGUACGAUGGCCCUGGAGCUGCUGACUCAGGAGCUUGGCAUCCCCAUUGAGCGUCUGUACGUUACCUACUUUGGAGGCCACCCUGAUGCAGGCCUGGAGCCUGACCUGGAGUGCAAACAAAUCUGGGUGGACUUGGGGAUGGACGAGGCUCGUAUCCUGCCAGGCAGCAUGAAGGAUAACUUCUGGGAGAUGGGGGACACUGGUCCCUGCGGCCCCUGCAGUGAGAUCCACUUUGACCGGAUCGGGGGCCGCGACGCCUCCCACCUCGUCAAUAUGGAUGACCCCAAUGUCCUUGAGAUCUGGAACCUGGUCUUUAUCCAGUUCAACAGGGAGUCAGAGACAGAGCUGAAGCCUCUUCCUAAGAAGAGCAUUGACACAGGCAUGGGUCUGGAACGCCUGGUGUCGGUGCUGCAGAACAAGAUGUCCAACUACGACACUGACCUCUUCGUCCCGUACUUCCAGGCCAUCCAGAAGGGAACAGGCGCCAGGGCUUACACGGGGAAAGUUGGCGCCGAGGACACGGACGGCAUCGACAUGGCCUACCGCGUCCUGGCCGACCACGCGCGCACCAUCACCAUCGCCCUGUCAGACGGAGGGCGACCCGACAACACGGGAAGAGGAUACGUGUUGCGUAGGAUCCUGCGCCGAGCCGUCAGGUACUCCCAUGAGAAGCUAGGGGCUCAGAGGGGCUUCUUUGCCUCCCUGGUGGACGUGGUGGUGGAGUCCCUGGGCGACGCGUUCCCCGAGCUGAAGAAGGACCCCGACAUGGUGAAGGACAUCGUCAACGAAGAGGAGGCGCAGUUCCUCAAGACUCUCAGCAGGGGGCGCCGCAUCCUGGACAGGAAGAUCCAGAGCCUGGGGGACAGCAACACCAUCCCAGGGGACACGGCCUGGCUGCUGUACGACACCUACGGGUUCCCCCUGGACCUGACGGCCCUCAUCGCUGAGGAGAGGGGCAUGGGGGUGGACGUCAAGGCCUUCGAGGAGGAGAAGAAGGCGGCGCAGGUGAAAUCCCAGGGUAAGGGGUCGGGCGAUGCAGACCACCUCAUGUUGGACAUCUACGCUAUCGAGGACCUGAGGAACAAGGGCAUCGCUGCCACAGAUGAUGCCCCCAAGUACAGCUACAGUGCAGACGACUCUGGCAGCUACGCGUUCGAGCAGACCGUGGGCACGGUGCUGGCCCUGAGGCGGGAGCGGGCCUUCUGCCACGAGGCGUGCACCGGCCAGGAGUGCGGCGUGCUGCUGGAUCGCACGUCCUUCUACGCCGAGCAGGGAGGACAGAGCUUCGACGAGGGCUACAUGCUGAGGGAGAACGACUCCGCCGACGACAGGAUGGAGUUCACUGUGAAGAACACCCAGGUGCGAGGAGGGUACGUGUUGCACGUUGGGACGGUGUACGGAACCCUGAAGGUCGGGGACCGCGUCACGCUGCACGUAGACGAGGCGCGUCGCCGUCCCAUCAUGAGUAACCACACGGCCACCCACAUCUUGAACUUUGCCCUCCGCGGGGUCCUGGGGGAGGCGGACCAGCGCGGCUCUCUGGUGGCGCCCGACCGCCUGCGCUUCGACUUCACCGCCAAGGGAGCGCUGAGCACGGGCGAGGUCCGCCGAGCCGAGGAGAUGGCCUGCACCAUGAUCCAGGACGCCAAGCCAGUGUACGCCAUGGACACCCCCCUGGCUGAAGCCAAGGCCAUCCAGGGUCUGAGGGCUGUGUUUGACGAGACCUACCCUGACCCCGUCCGGGUGGUGUCCAUCGGCAUCCCCGUGGAGGACCUGCUGUCGGACCCCAACAGCGCCGCCGGCUCCCUCACCUCCAUCGAGUUCUGCGGAGGAACCCACCUCCGGAACUCCAGCCACGCUGCUCCCUUUGUCAUCGUGUCAGAGGAGGCCAUCGCUAAGGGCAUCAGACGCAUCGUCGCUGUCACCGGAGCGGAGGCCCACAAGGCCCAGAGGAAAGCAGAGGCCCUCAAACAGACCCUGUCUGCCCUGGGGAACACGGUCCACGCCCAGACCGCCCCAAACAAGGACGUACAGAAGGAGAUCGCUGACAUGACUGAGUCCCUAGGCACAGCAGUGAUAUCCCAGUGGCAGAAAGAUGAGAUGAGGGAGGCUCUGAAAGGCCUGAAGAAGGUUAUGGAUGACCUGGACCGUGCCAGCAAGGCAGACGUCCAGAAGAGGGUUCUGGAAAAGACAAAGGAGAUGAUUGACAGCAACCCAAAUCAGCCUCUGGUUGUCAUGGAGAUGGAGAGUGGAGCGUCUGCCAAGGCCCUAAAUGAGUCUCUGAAGCUGCUGAAGACCAACUCCCCCCAGACCGCUGCCAUGCUCUUCACGGUCGACCCCGACGCCGGCAAGAUCAUCUGCCUGUGUCAGGUGCCUCAGGAGGUGGCUAGCCGGGGCCUGAAGGCCAGCGCGUGGGUCCAGGAGCUCUGCCCCCUGAUGGACGGGAAGGGAGGAGGCAAAGACAUGUCUGCUCAGGCCACCGGCAGGAACACACACUGCCUGCAGGAGGCGCUGCAACUAGCCAACCAGUUUGCUCGCCUCAAACUGGGCGAGAACUAAACCAAGAAAGAAGAGGUGGAAGGGGGGGGGGGGGGGGGGUGAAGAGGGGUCUCAAAGGCCCUGCUGGAGGGUUUUAAAUGUGCAUCCUGUCUGAUCUUCCGAAGGGUCGUCCCUGUUCUGACGUGACUUGGUUGGAAAGACACACACGGGUGUCCAGCUGCUGGUGUCCCCCUUGUGCUGUCAGAUCUGGCAUGAGAAGAGUUGUGAUGGGAGAAAUGGAGGAACCAAGGCAGGGUGGAAAGAUGCAUUAAAGUGUUCUGUGAGAGCUUGAAAGACCCCCCCCUAGCUCCCCAUAAACCUCCCUGUCCUGAUCUGUGGAUGUUUCAGACAGGAGCAUUCACUCAUCCCAUUGUUUAGAAAGGGAACCUGCCUAGGAAGGGGGUGUGCAUGCAGGAGAGGGACAAGGUAUACUGUUCCUAAUCAAUACCCUCGACCACCAUAGACUCAACAUUAUUUGAUUCUUCUUGUAGAAAAAAUUGAAAUAAUCGACAUUCUUCCCGGGGAGAUGUUGUUAUUGAAUUCAGCGGAAUAGCCUAAAGCACACGGGGAGAGGCAGGGCCAAUCUCUGACUAAUAACUUCUUUUGGCUCCUGAAUAAAUGACACGUUUUAAAUGAUGCAUCCACACACGGUUUCCUCCCUGAACUCUGCCUCUGUAAAAAGAACGUCCUCUUCUCUUAAAUGACUCUCUCUGUCCAAAAUGUUCAUUUGUGGGCUGGUGUCUUGUCCUGGCUUCUUUGAGCCACUGUCGUUUAGCCUUUUCUAAGUGAAGUCAGAAAAGUGACUAGCCCAGACCUAACAUUGGAAGAUGCUUUUUUGAUUAAGUGUUAGAAUCUGGCCCAUAACUCGAUCACAAAAGCACCUUGCAAUAAUCCUUUUUGUCUGUUAGAGCUGUACGUGUGUCAGCAUCAGAGCCACUAUCUUACCAUCAUCUCACUGUCUUGUCAGAUUAGUAGUCUCUUUCAUAAAUAAUGUCAUAGGAUUCAUUUAGUGAUUCAAGUAACAACCUAAUAUUGUCCACCUGUUCUGUAACAUUGACAUGUAUGGGCUAUUGCAGUAUACUGCUCUAUAAUAUGUCACUGAUGCUAGUUCUGAUCUGAUGAAACCUAUUAUGUGAAAUAAAAACUACAGGUGAUGCCUGAA